CGGUACUGCGGCGUACUGCGCAUGCGCAGACCCUAGCUGGUCAUGGCGACGGUGCGUUCGCGUCCAUGAGGCGGGAAGCACAACCUCUACUCUCACGCUGGAAGUGGAUUAAACGCGGUGAAAUAAACCAUGGCCGGUGUCUUCGAUAUUGAUCUGGAUCAGCCGGAGGAAAAUGUCUCCGACGACGAGCUCGAGGAGGCGCAGAUUAAUGACAUCAUGGAUCAGCGCAGCGGCUUUGAGUUUAACAUGGACGACUGCGAGAAGAUUGAGAUCUCUGAGGACAGUGUAAAUCAAGGCACUGAGAGCAUUCGUCCUGAAUGCUUUGAGCUGCUGCGUGUUUUGGGGAAAGGCGGCUAUGGGAAGGUAUUCCAGGUCCGGAAGGUGACCGGUGCCGGGUCAGGAAAAAUAUUUGCCAUGAAAGUCUUGAAAAAGGCCAUGAUUGUCCGCAAUGCCAAGGACACGGCCCACACCAAGGCUGAGCGCAACAUCUUGGAAGAAGUGAAGCAUCCUUUUAUCGUCGACCUCAUUUAUGCCUUUCAGACCGGCGGCAAGCUUUAUCUCAUCCUCGAAUACCUAAGUGGUGGGGAACUUUUCAUGCAGCUAGAAAGGGAGGGCAUUUUCAUGGAAGACACUGCCUGCUUUUACUUGGCAGAAAUUUCUAUGGCCCUCGGCCACCUGCAUCAAAAGGGCAUCAUCUACAGAGACCUUAAACCUGAAAACAUCAUGCUCAAUAGCCAAGGCCAUGUGAAAUUGACUGACUUUGGACUGUGUAAGGAAUCCAUUCAUGACGGGACGGUCACGCACACGUUCUGUGGCACUAUCGAGUACAUGGCUCCAGAGAUCCUGACAAGAAAUGGACACAAUCGCGCUGUCGACUGGUGGAGUCUUGGAGCCCUGAUGUACGACAUGUUAACUGGGGCACCACCAUUCACAGGGGAAAACCGAAAGAAAACCAUCGAUAAAAUUCUUAAAUGCAAACUGAAUCUCCCACCCUACCUCACACAAGAAGCCAGGGACCUGCUUAAAAAGCUGCUGAAAAGAACUGCCUCAUCUCGUCUUGGAGCUGGACCCGGAGAUGCAACAGAGGUGCAGACUCAUCCAUUCUUCCGGCUCAUUAAUUGGGAAGACCUUCUUGCACGGAAAGUAGAUCCACCUUUCAAGCCUUUCCUGCAAUCCGCUGAGGAUGUGAGCCAAUUUGAUUCAAAGUUCACCAGCCAGACCCCUGUAGAUAGUCCUGAUGACUCCACACUCAGUGAAAGUGCAAAUCAAGUCUUCCUGGGCUUUACAUAUGUAGCUCCAUCUGUGUUGGAAAACGUAAAGGAGAAAUUCUCAUUUGAGCCAAAAAUUCGAUCACCUCGCCGCUUUUUAGGGAGCCCAAGAACGCCAGUGAGUCCAGUGAAGUUCCCUGGCGACGGCUGGCCUCGAUGUCCCAGCAUGCCUGGCUCUUCCACUCUUCAGUCCACCUCUGAGCAUGCUAUGGAAGUGUCUACUGCGGAACAAAUGGAGAUCUCAGCCAGCACCGAAGUCACCGCUCCACUACCUAUCAGGCAACCCACUGGCUCGGCCAUGGGCGCGUUCAAACAGCAGGUGUACCCUGUUAUGGCAAAACGGCCAGAGCAUCUACGCAUGAACCUAUGACCUGUAACCUAUGACCUAGAGAUUUACUACGAUUUGCUCUCUCAGUUUCUUUUAUAUGAAUACUAGGGAAAAAACAGAAAUUCCCCACCAUCACAGAACCUAGUCUGUCGUUUACUGAUCUGAUGAGCAUGUGCGCUUCACUGAGCUCGAGUAACUGCGUCAGUUCCUCACGUCCCAAAAACCUCAGCCCACAUUGUUCUCAGAUGCUUCGUGUCACAUCAGAUGGAUUAUGAGUCUUGGGCCUUCUUUUGGAUGAAUUAGGUUUUUUUUUUUUUUUUUUUUUACAUGAUUGUACCAUCAAAGGAAUAUGAAACACAUGAACAAUAAUCAAAUGUCUGGCACAGUUUGCUCAACGUGCAGACUAGGUGACAUGGUGCUCUGUGCAAGAUGAUCAAGUGCUGUUGAGGAAUUGCUUCCAUGUGGAAUUCUUUGUGUUUUUACAGUAUUGCUUGGGAAGCCAGAAUGACUUUCUCUCUGAAAGAAAUCAUUGUUUAUUGAAAGGAGAAAUGAAUUUGUAGGGAUUCCAUCAAGCAGAGUUUGAUAAGCUGGUAUAAAGUCUUAUUCUCUUUAAACUGUGUGUACGUCCCACAGUGAUAUUUAGAUGAUGGGUCAUUACACAAAAGCCUCAAUAAAAAACAAAGACAUUUGA